AUGGGCAAGGUCAAGGAGGCAAAGUCCAGCAAGGUCAAGGCCGAGAAGCCUUCGGCCGUCAAGGCUGCCGCUGUCACCAAGUCCACAUCAACCCCCAAGGCCAAGUCCAAGGCCGCAGCUCAAGAGAUUGCCAAGAAGGCCACUUCUAAGAAGUCCAAGAAGCAGGAGUCCUCUUCUGAGUCCUCCAGCUCCGAGUCUGAGGCCGAGUCCGACGACUCUGCUUCCUCAUCUGACUCUGACUCCUCUGAGUCCGAGUCCGAGGAUGAAAAGCCCGCUCCCAAGGUGAACGGCAAGGUCAACGGAAAGGUCAACGGCAAGGCCAAGGCUGCAGAGUCUUCGGACUCUUCCGACUCAUCUGAGGACGACAGCGACGACAGCGACAAGAAGACGCCUGCCAAGGCCAAGGCCGCUUCCCCCGCUGCUAAGAAGGCUGCUGCUGCUGAGGAGUCUUCCGACUCUGACUCUUCCGACUCGUCUGACGACGACGAGGAGAGCGAUGAGAAGCCUCCUGCUGCCAAGAAGGCCGAUAGCUCUGAUGACGACAGCGACUCCUCCGACUCUGAUGACAGCGACAGCGACAGCGACAAGAAGGCGGCUAAGCCUGCCGCCGCAAAGGCAGCCAAGAAGGCUGAGGACUCUGACUCUGACGACUCCGACGACUCCUCCGAUUCCUCCGAUUCCUCCGAUUCCGACAGCGAGGAGGCUGAGGAAACCGAGGCACCCUUUGCUGCUAAGAAGCGCAAGGCUGAGGAGGCUGCUGAGAGCGCAGCUAAGAAGAGCAAGACCGAGGAUGCCCCCGCGGAGGGCUCCACCCUGUUCGUUGGCAACCUCAGCUGGAAGGUCGACGACGACCUCCUCUACAACGAGUUCCAGAACUGCAAGGGUAUCACAAACGCCCGUAUCAUCACCAGCCGGGAAGAUGGUCGCCCUCGUGGCUUCGGCUACGUCGACUUCGACACUCCUGAGAAUGCCAAGGCUGCUCUGGAGGAGAAGCACGGUGCCUACCUCGACGGUCGUGACAUGCGUCUGGACAUCUCCAGCGGCAAGCCCAAGAAUGACCCCGCUGCCCGCGCCGGCGACCGCGCCAAGAAGUUCAACGAUGAGAUGAGCCCCGAGAGCGACACACUCUUCGUUGGUAACCUGUCCUUUAACGUUGACGAGGAGACCGUCUCUGCCUUCUUCGGCGACAUUGGCGAGAUCAAGAGCCUUCGUCUGCCUACUGAGCAGGAGACCGGACGCUUCAAGGGCUUCGGUUACGUCACCUUCCACUCCGUUGAGGACGCCAAGAAGGCCGUCGAGCAGCUCCAGGGUGCGGACCUUGAGGGCCGUGGUGUCCGCCUGGACUAUGCCAGCGGCCGACCGGACAACGGCGGAGGUCGCGGUGGCGGCCGUGGUGGCUUCGGCGGCCGUGGAGGUGGCCGUGGAGGCCGCGGUGGUUUCGGUGACCGUGGCGGACGCGGCGGACGAGGCGGUGGUCGUGGUGGAUUCGGUGACCGCGGUGGCCGCGGUGGUGGUCGCGGAGGCACCGCAUUCCAAGGCAAGAAGAUCACAUUCUAG